AUGUCUUCAGCACAAUUAGAUAAAUCAUUAAUGCCUAUUAUUUGCCAAUAUAUUACAGACCCUAUAGAUUUAUUAAACAUCAUUCAAGUCUCAAAAAAAUUUAGAGAAACUCUAGACAGUUAUACAUCUAAUCCUAUUCCACUCACUGUUAAGAAUAGAAAAUUGUUUACCAAUAUAACUACUCAAAACAUUCAUUCUCAAUUCGAGAUGAGGUUUUUUGAUGGGAAUAUUAAGAAAUUUUAUAUACUGUAUCCAGUAACUUAUAAUGCUUAUUUAAAUGAAAAAGAAAAUGGAAAUGAAUGUAAAAUAGUUACUUAUACUACAAAAGAUAGAAGACGUUAUGGAAAUGAAAUUCCAUCAAUGAUAUCUGUUAUUGAACAAAAAGCAUUUGAUGGAUGUGAAAUGAUAACUUCUAUCAACAUUCCAUCCUCAGUAAAAAUUAUUGAUAAUGAAGCUUUUAAUCAUUGCCCUUAUCUUACAUCAAUUGUUUUACCAUCUUCAGUAAAACGUUUAGGUUACAUGGCUUUUGGUGGAAGUUCAUCAUUGACACGUAUUGAGAUUCCAGAGAGUGUUACAAAAAUUGAUACUUCAUGUUUUGGAGGAUGUGGAGCAACUGCAAUAGAAUUGCCACACUCACUAUCAUAUUUAGGGAAAACUGCAUUUAUUGAUUGUACUAAUUUACAGUCAAUUACUUUACCUUCAACAAUUACGUCUCUUGAAGGAACAUUUAAUGGAUGUUCAAGUUUAAAAGAAAUUAACCUUCCUUCUAAGUUAGUUAAAAUUCAAAGUCAAGUAUUUGAAGGAUGUUCUUCAUUAGAAUCAAUUCAUGUUCCGUCAACAGUGACAUGGAUUGGUUAUAAUGCUUUUAAAGGUUGUGGAUUAACGUCAAUAGAAUUACCACCUAAUGAAGAUGGUAUUGGUUGUUAUUGUUUUGCUAAUUGUUCUAAGUUAGUAUCAGUCUCAAUUCCAUCAACACUGUCUUGUGUUAGUAGUAUGUGUUUUGCAAAUUGCAUUUCUUUAACCUCCAUCCAUUUGCAAGACCCGUCUAUUAAAUUAAAGAAAAGUUGUUUCUUUAAUUGUUUAUUACUAAAAGAAACAUGUCAAACAAUACCACUUUAUUGUUUUGAUGAUACUGAACACAUUGGUUGUUAA